GAGCUCCGGCAACAGAUGGUGGCAGUGGCGUCUACCUACGGCACAAAUCUGACAGGGAGGAGACUCAAAUGGGGGUGUCCGAAAUUGUGAAUAGAGUUGGUUGUCUAACGAUGGACCGGAAGAAGACUUUGUCAGUGCAGCUCCAUUGAUAAUUUCUUGGCUAGUCUUUUAGAAUUUUAUCUUUUUUUUCUUUGUUUUCCAAAGAAGGCCGCAAAAGCCUCGAACUGGAUUUGUCGACACACUGGGCUCAGUUGCAAGAGGGCAUCUCUGGGAUUGCUCGGAAAGUCUCGUAAAAUAUGUCUGCUGGAAUGUGACAUUUUGAAGACGUAACACGGUCAUUUUGAAGAGACUGUUUUAUUUACUUGGUACCACAAAGUUGAAUUGAUGAGGAGCAGAGAAAAGUUAACGAACCGAGCUAACUAGUUAGCUAACAUGCUAUAAUGCUAGUUGGCUACUUAGCACCGAAACUCUGGCAUGUUGAAUGAAUGAAUGGACCAGCUGCUUUAAACUAAGAGCGGCUUUUGUUAGGGCGAGAAUAUAUCGACUGUUACAUACGCCCAGUCUGACUUUCCACUAAAAGGCAAAGCUUUUGGCUGUUUGGUCUUCGGCUGCUGCUCUACUUAGCCACAAAUGGACAGGAAUGCAGUUCCUGGGAGUUGGUGGAGAGCGGCGUUUUAGGACGCAAAGAUAAUGUGCUUGUACUGAGUGCAGCCUGGUAAUGUUUAUGAGGCCGAGGGAGGCUAACCUCAGCUAGCUACAUAUAUUUGCACUACUUGGAUUUGGCUGCUAUCGUGUGAAGCUUCCGCUCAGUUUGGAAUGGGGAAUACGGUGUCAUGCUGCGUGUCUCCGGAGUCGAGCCCCAAACUGCCAUCGAGACUGCCGGCAGAGCGGCUGGAGGAGUUCCAGACCAGCACCGAAGUGAGCGACGACACUGUGCCCUACCUGCAGCACAUAAGCGACAGAGAGGUCCCUGAUGAGCUGGCCUUGGAGUCUAAUCCAUCGGACCACGCCCGAGCAAGCACCAUCUUCCUUAGCAAGUCCCAGACAGACGUGCGAGACAAGAGGAAAAGCAACCACAUAAACCAUGUCAGUCAUGUGUCCCCUGGUCCACUCUCAAAGAAAUACAGCUCCUGUUCAACCAUCUUCAUAGACGACAGCACCGUCAGCCAGCCAAACCUCAAAAGCACAAUCAAAUGUGUCACUUUAGCAAUAUACUACCACAUCAAAAACAGGGACUCGGACAGGUCACUGGACAUCUUUGAUGAGAAGUUGCACCCCUUGUCGGUGAGCAUGUUAAUGAAAUUAACCAGCUCUCCAGUGUACCUGGAGCGCCUGCUGACCUACGCUGAGCUGGAUAUCUGCCCCGCCAACUGGAAGCGCAUUGUCCUGGGAGCCAUCUUACUGGCUUCUAAAGUCUGGGAUGACCAAGCUGUGUGGAAUGUCGACUACUGCCAGAUCCUAAAAGACAUCACUGUGGAGGACAUGAAUGAGAUGGAGCGCCACUUCCUGGAACUUCUGCAAUUUAACAUCAAUGUGCCGGCCAGCGUCUACGCCAAGUACUACUUUGACCUGCGACAGCUGGCCGAUGACAACAACCUCAGUUUCCCUCUGGAACCCCUCAACAACCAGCGUGCCCAGAAACUAGAGGCCAUUUCAAGACUAUGUGAAGACAAGUACAAGGACCUCAGUCGAGCCGCAAUGAGGCGAUCUCUCAGCGCAGACAACCUGAUAGGUAUACGACGCUCCAAUGCUGUGCUCUCAUAGACUGCUGCCCUCUGACCUCCAAAGUUCAGCUAACCCACAGCCAGCCCCAGAAAGCAUUACCCACAGAGUUAUCAGGCAAGGACAAAAACGCCACUGUAUGACCUGUCCACACGGUAAUUUACAUUACAGCUGUAGACGUGCGUGAUUGUUAAAUUAAAGGUGUUUACCUUAUCUGAAGCAUUAUCAUAUGACUGUUGUUUUUACAAGUCAUUUAUUUAUUUGUUAUGUCUAUCACUUCUGAGAGAACACAUUGAACAUGAAUGAUUGAGUUCAUCAUCUGUCUGAAAUACACUUUAGUUUCUAUUUUUUUUUUUCUACAAAAGUGUUUGAAUUACAUCAUGCAGCCUUAAAGGAUGAAGAGUGUGGUGAGUUAUAUUUGUUGUUACUGUCACCGUAUUCCACGAAAGACCAAAACCAGCAAAUGUUAGAUUGUUCAGAUGUGGCAAAUUGUUUUGUUUUUUUUGUUAAUGAAGAUUGAAAUCAUGCUUGAGUGCUAUAGCAUAGUGAAGUUAAAGUUGGUUGGUCAUUUCCUGGGAUUCCUUAACAGUAUAUAAAUAUAAACUUUCACCAAAUGUAUCCUUUUUUUCCUUUAGCCACAAAAAAAAAAUGCAAAAUGAUCUUUGUUGUAAAUUAGAUUUAAUACCAGAAGUUACUGUGGCGACUGUAACUCAGACAUGUUUACUGUCGAUAUGUUUCGAGUACAUUUUUCUGUCCAUCAGGAUUGAACAUCCACCAUGUCUCAUAUUACAAGACACUGAGCUGUUAUCACUGUGUGGGAGCUGGCUGACGUCUUCUCAGUCAGCUGUUUUGUGACAGGAAAAUCAGGAGUGCCAUUUGCAAUUUGGUGUUAAGUUGUGUAUAAACAAGGCUGUUUACUGACUCUGGAUCAGUAUUUGAAAAUUAAUGGCUCCAUAUGGAAGUUGGGUAUAUGCAGGUCAGCCUCAGUAUUAAGUUCCUUAGAUCCUCAUCCCCCCCACCCCCCCAUCAGAUCACCAGUGUUGUUCUUGUCCAAGGACCCAUCCAGGCUAAGGUUUGGAACACACUACACAGAUACUGAGGGGGAAAACAAACUGAUGGAUGCUCCCCUUCUCUUUUGCUUACUAUGUAGGCUUCUAGCUGUGAAGUUUGUCUUGUUUUUAAUUGAGAAAAAAAAACAUUUGCAGAUGGAGUAUUUUAAAUAAACACUAAUCAUGUAA